AUGGCUGUUUAUGAUGAUCUCUUCAAUAUGGAUGAUAGUAUGCAAGCUCAUGGAGCUAUUUUCGGACCAGAGCCUAGGGAACAUACAUCAUGGACACAUGAACUUAUUGCCGGUGGAGUUGGUUUUGCCGCUAUGAAAGCUUACGAAGAGUAUGUUCGUAGUAAUGGUACACAAUUAUCACAUCCAAAGAUGAAAGAAAUGCUUGCCAGCUUAGCAGUAGCCGAAGUUGAAAAACUUUUUUGA